AGUUCCCCUUGCUGCGGGGGGGAAGAAAUCAAACCCCCAAGAUGGCGGCGGCGUCGGAGGAGCGGAUGGCUGAGGAAGGAGGCGGCGGCCACGGCGACGGCGGCCCCUCUUCGGCCAUCGGCUCUACCCAGCGACUGCCCCCCCCGCCCCCGCCCCCGGCCCCGCAGCCGGGCUCCCAGGCGCCCCCAGCCCAGGCGCUGGCUCCCGACCAGCUGCCUCAAAACAACACGCUGGUGGCGCUGCCCAUCGUAGCCAUCGAGAACAUCCUCAGCUUUAUGUCCUACGACGAAAUUAGCCAGCUCCGCCUGGUUUGUAAAAGAAUGGACUUGGUCUGCCAGAGAAUGUUGAAUCAGGGAUUUCUAAAAGUGGAGAGAUACCACAAUCUAUGUCAGAAACAAGUUAAAGCACAACUUCCAAGGAGGGAGUCAGAAAGAAGAAACCACUCAUUAGCUCGUCACGCAGACAUCCUUGCUGCUGUGGAAACAAGGCUCUCACUGUUAAACAUGACUUUCAUGAAGUAUGUGGAUUCCAAUCUCUGUUGCUUCAUCCCAGGAAAGGUGAUUGAUGAGAUUUAUCGAGUGUUGAGAUACGUCAAUUCCACCAGAGCCCCUCAGCGAGCUCAUGAAGUACUUCAAGAGCUAAGGGACAUCUCCUCCAUGGCGAUGGAGUACUUUGAUGAGAAGAUCGUACCCAUUCUGAAGAGGAAGUUACCAGGAUCAGACGUGUCCGGAAGGCUCAUGGGCUCUCCUCCAGUUCCGGGACCUUCUGCAGCCCUCACAACCAUGCAGCUCUUCUCCAAGCAAAACCCUUCAAGACAAGAGGUUACCAAACUCCAGCAGCAGGUUAAGACAAACGGUGCCGGCGUGACUGUUCUCAGGCGUGAAAUUUCCGAGCUUCGCACCAAAGUGCAGGAGCAGCAGAAGCAGCUUCAGGACCAGGACCAGAAGCUGCUAGAGCAGACCCAGAUCAUAGGCGAACAGAACGCACGCUUGGCGGAGCUGGAGCGCAAACUGCGGGAGGUCAUGGAGAGCGCGGUGGGGAACUCCUCAGGGGCUGGGCAGAACGAGGAGUCCCCUCGGAAACGGAAGAAGGCACCAGAAGCCAUAGACUCCCUUAGGAAAUCGAAGCGUCUUCGGAAUAGAAAGUAAAGUUGGGGGUAGGGGGCUUUCAAGCUCCAAAGGAAGACGCGGUUGAGCAACCGAAGCAGUGAUGCCCAUCAGGAUGCCCCAGAGGCUUCUGGGCUUUCAGACAGAACACAACUUCAACUUGAACUCUCACGGUUGGGACAGUCUUCUCCCGCUUCUCCUGGUUGAACUGAUGCACAGAGUCUUUUUACUUUGCAAUAGAUUUGUACUAACCAGACCUGUCCUAUCAUGUUUUGAGGAGUUAACUUUUUUCUGUGCAGAUAACGUUUAAAAGUAAGUUUAUUUGUUCCUGCAUAUAUGCACAUUACAGAAGGAUCUGAAACAAACCAGUCUGGACAGACUAGAAGUUAAGUUGAAUACAGAAAGUGUCCUGUUUCACUUGAAAGAAAAGACCUACUUUUUAAAUGGACAGUAUCUUGUUUAAAAAAAAAAAAAAAAAGUUGACUUUUUGUUAUAAGUGACCUUUGUCUGGAAUGUCUGAAAAGUAGUAAAUGCUUUUUGGUAUCGAAGUAAUGGGUAACUAAAACAGACUUCCAUAGUGUUGACUGUAAGAGGGGCCUCUACAGGAUUGACUAUAUAUUUUUAUAAACUACUGGCAAGGGACUUAUCCAGUUGUUCUACACAUGUUUUCAGUUCUCUUCUGGGGCCACGCCCUGCCUUUGCAUGGAUGCAUGCCCGCAUCGCCUAGUCAGCUCACAGAAAAAGCUCUUGGCACUGGCAUUGACCUUGAACUUCUCUACUUCUCCACCUUCUAGAGCAGCGUUAGCUUAUUUGAGCGCCUAACACCUUCCACUGCCACAGCAGCUUGCCUCCAGGGAGGAAUUAGUCCAUUUGUCCUCCAGUUUUAGGGGAACAAGGGAACACUAAAGCUCAUCGCUUUCUCUGUUCUCUGUAGGGUUCAGGUACAGUAGCCAAGGCAAGAACCCCAAACUCCAGGCUCUGUCAUUGUCGGACCUCUGGGGACUGGUCGUGGCCCUUCCUCACCACCGUGUGUGUUCAUGGAUCAGCACGUGAUCACCACGGGUGUGAGCAGGGGACCCAACUUAUAGGAUGCAGUUUUACCACUGAAAGAAAACUCACUGAAGAAAAUCCAACUAUGAAAAAGCAUUUUGAUCAUUUCAUUUCUGGGGGAUGACCUGAGGGAAGCUUUUAAAUACUAAUUUCAAGCUUUCCUUUUCCUACAACUUUAAACAGAAGCUUUAAUUUUGUUUGCACUCCUGUUCUGAGCGUAUAACUGGAAAAGCAUGUCUUGCACUGUUCACCCUUCUAAGCGGUCACUUUAACAACCUCCAAAUUGUAUACAGUGGUUACUUUCCCCAGUUGUAUAUUUUUGAGACCUUCAGCUAUUACUGUCCUCGUUUUAUUUUAUGUACUAAAUUAUGUAGUUAUUAUUUGACUGGUAAGUUCUUUUAUCAACUCGUAACAGCUGUUGCCGUGGGCUUCAGUUAUUUAAAAUAGGUUUAGGUGUAAUAUAGAAAAUUACCCCUGUCCAGGUGGGAGUUGGACACCUGCAAAAAACCUAAGGUUUGGUAAGUACCUUAGUUGAAUAAAAGCACAAGGUUACCACCCUUUCUGCCUGUCCACCAUGACACGGUUAUGCAUCCUUUAAUCUCACCAAACGAAGCUUUUUCUUACCCAUUUUUAAUAUUGUCCUUCCAUAAUACUGUCCUUAGAUUUUGAUCAAUUUUCUGUCUGACUUGGAAACUCCAUUUACAAUGUAGUAUGUUUUCAAUGAAGAAAAAAAAAAACAUCUAACAUCCAAGUGUUUUCAUGGUUUGUUGGGAAGGUAAUUUUAAAAUAAACAAUUUCCAAAAAACAUUUGUCAGCCAAGGUCAUCCAUAAAAGUCCCCGUCUGGAACUCGUUUUCUCGGCAGGUGUCAUUUUUGUAAUCCUAGGAUUUAGCCAUAUUGUUCUAACUCUGAAGCAGGCCUGCUGGGAUACUCAUGGCCAUGAAUAGUCUGCCUUCCCAGUAAAAGGAAGACUCUCGAGUAACCAGGUAACAUGUUUACAGGUUUAUAAAGUAGGAUCCUUACGCAUCAAAGGGGUACAACCUCAGAUGAUUAGCAGUUGUUCUUGAAUUAUUUCAAGUUUCCUAGGUUUCUUUUUAAACUGCACCUACAUACCCUAAAUGUAUGUAGAGCCUUCUGUUAGUUAGCAUGAGUAUUUGGCUUUCGUAGGAAGCAUCCACACUAUCGGAAGGUAUUUUCUGUCUCAAAGUCCAAAUUUCUACAAGAUUCACUUGUAACUGUCUGUCUGUAAGGCCCAUGAGUUGUACCUGUGAAUGCACGAAUGUUCGUAAGAGUAGGAGAAGAAAGCACUACGGUUCAGUUAUCUGUUAAAGUCUUCGAUCUUACCGAAGACAUCUUGCUUAAGAAAAAGUCAGGCGCUUGCUUUUGGAUAGCAGAGUGGCAUUGAGGGUUCGACAGAUCACAAAGGAUUUUCAUCAGCUAAAACCGGCAGGCCCCAGCAACACCGCAGAUGAGCCUCCCGGAUGGGAACCAUCUUGCCCGGGGUCAGACACCUGUGGCUUCGGCGGCAUCUGUGAGUGUCAUGUUGUCCUGGAGUGAGAUGCCAUGAGUUAUUCAGGUCCUCGUCCUUGGCUGUUUCUCAGAGGAGACUUCUCUGUGUUAGCGGGUCACUCGUGCUUGUCAGUCGAUGAUGGCACAGUGCCCACAACACAGACCCAGGGGAACAGGCGUCAGUCAGUUCCAUGGGGACUUGCCCUCACCUCACCCACCCAGGGCCCUCUGCCUCUCUCCUGCAAGGACUCGGCUCGGUUUUCCCCUAAUCCCAAAUACAGAGUCUUUUUCAAGACCUGAGGUUACUCAACCUCCUGCUUUUUCAGCUCCUUUCUGGCUCUUCAGAGCCUGAAAAUAAUGGGGCAGACGCAAACGCAGUCCCCGUAACGAAUCACACUGUUUUAAAAAACCGUUGGGGUGCCAUCUGGUCUAAAGCCACUGGUCUUAGAAGCAGCUUUUUGGGUUGGUUUGUUUUUUUUUUGUUUUGGGUUUUUUUUUUUACUUUUGGUAAAACGUGUUUUCUGGAGUACUGAACUUUACAGGGGCUUGCCUUAAUCUCUAUUUAGUAGUUUCAAGGUGUAUGCACUAUUACUCUACUUGUUAAAAUGUUGCAAUAUUCUAUGUAGCCCAGAAGGUGGGUAAAACAGUAUGAGUCAUGCCUAAAUAAAUAAGCUAAAGGUGUCACGAUA